GUUCUGCCUCCGAGUGUCUCGUGAUUUAGGAGUUCCGGAAGGCCCGUCGGCGUGCCCCUAGUCGUCUGUGUCAUCGCGAAAUGUCCGGUCCGGGGUGUCGGCGUUGUCUGUAGUUUUGAGUCUCUCGGCCGCGAGUCCGCGGUCCACUCGUCGUCCGCAACAGUCCGAGUCGUCCAGUCGGUCCGGAGAUGCGCGCGGCGGACUGCUGAGAGUCUCUACAUACGAUGCAAUCCAUCUACUGGACUGGGAGGCUCCUGUCUCGGGCGAUCUGGAACGGGAUUUCGAAUUAUUCGGCCUGCGCCGACCCCAGCGCGACUCGGCGGCACGAGGCCUCUUUCGUCUCGGCGGUCUGCGGAUUCCCGAAGGACUUUGCUCGAGGUCGAGUGCGCAAGGGCCAGUUCGGCGAUGACGCCUGGUUUACUGCCAAAUUCAAAGCCGUCGAGGUGAUCGGUGUCGCUGACGGAGUCGGUGGAUGGAGACACUACGGCAUCGACCCAGGAGAGUUCUCCAGUUUUCUGAUGAGAACGUGUGAAAGGCUAGUCUCGAUGGGCAGGUUCAGUCCUAGCGAACCUGCAGGCCUAUUAGCGCGUAGUUACUCUGAAUUACUAGAAAAUAAGCAACCGAUACUAGGUAGUAGCACGGCGUGCGUUAUCGUUCUCAACAAAGAGACGAGCAGCAUUUACGCGGCUAACAUAGGAGAUAGUGGAUUCGUGGUUGUGAGGAAAGGAGAAGUCGUCCACCGUUCGUCGGAGCAACAGCACUAUUUCAAUACUCCGUUCCAGUUGUCCUUACCACCGCCAGGUCACUCCGACUUGGUUCUCAGCGAUAGCCCAGAGUCGGCCGACACGUCGAGUUUCGGCGUCGAGGACGGCGACGUGAUCCUCCUGGCGACCGAUGGAGUAUUCGACAACGUGCCUGACCAGUUGCUAGUCACCGAAAUGCGGAAAAUAGAGGGCGAACGAGACCCCACGAAGAUACAGGGCGUCGCAAAUUCGAUAGCUUGGAUGGCCCGAAGUCUUGCCUUCGAUGGAGCCUUCAUGUCCCCUUUCGCCCAGAGCGCCAGGGAGAACGGAAUAGACGCUAUAGGUGGUAAGCCGGAUGACAUAACGGUCCUCUUAGCGACAGUGGCAAUAUAAAGAAAGACGGAGCGUGUACAAUAGAGUCCUCAUCAUUGUAUUAUAGUCCAUGUCAUCGCGUAUGUGUAUCUAGUGACACCCACCCUCACUGUAUCUCGUUACAAUAAUCAUUUAUUAUUUACGUCGGAAUAAAUGGUUUUGUAAAUCA